AUGGACCAAAUCUACCCAGAAGGAGUUUCGCAGGAGACAAUAGAGACCUUCUCACGGCUCCGUGAGCCAGCGUCGCGGUUACUGUCCCUCCCGUCCGUAGGCGCAUCCAAUGCUCAGGAGAUUGCCAGCACAUUGCGAUCGAUCCACACCAUCCUCACGACCAUGCCCGACCCGGACCUGCACCUCACCACCAAACUCAUAGCCUAUAUCCAACACACCCUCAACCAUGUCCUCCUUCUCUGUCAAAACUUUAUGCUGCUUGAGAAACGAUUCGACUUUCUGAUCGACGCAUGGACCAGUUGCCUUGAGUUCCUCCUCCGCCUACCAGACGGAUACGCGUUCAUCAUGGGACCCAAUUGGCAGUACGACCAGAUGCUCUUCAACGUCCUCUUUCGAGCCAUUGAUGGCCUCCCUAUCAAGCCUGCUCAGCAGCAGCAACAGCAGCAACAUUCAAAGAUCAAAGACACUCCAAAGGACAGGAUGCCAGAUGAAACUCGACUCGGUGCAUUGAGGUGCCUCAUCCUCACCCUACCUCUUGACACAACGGCUCCAGGUAUUCUGGAACAUGAUCAAGGAUACGGUUCUUCCAUUCAGGAUCAGGAGGAGCCACUGGACGACUUUGGACGCGCCCGGGUACCAUCAGACGACAAAGUUAGGGGAUAUCUCUUAGAGGCGAGGAGCCAGCCCGUCCUUGCCCAGAUGAUCGUCGUUUUGCUGGAUGUCGCCAAAGACGCCAGCUUGGUUGCAUUACGGAGAGUUGCUCUUCUGGGUAUACUGAAGCUCCUCAAAUGUCUCGAGACGCCCGAACGGAUUGCUCCCUGGAUUCCUGGAAUAUCUGCCGGCCUUACCAAGGCGAUGCUUGUGCGAGGUCUUAAGGAGAGCCACUUAGUCUUGACGACUGCACUUGACACGUGGACUUUCAUGGUUGUCCGUGUGCUCGGAAAUAUUAGCUCGUCCCGUCAACCCCUCCAGGAUUCGAGUGCCACGGGUGCCGGACUGAGCGAGGGUCUUAUGGCGAUGUUCAAGGAGCAAGGCGGCCGGAAAGCAGGAUCGACCUCGUCACCUUCACGCACUCCAGAGGGAUAUGGAUCAGAGGCCUGGAUCAAAAGGACGGAUCAUGGACUUUCGACUCUUUUCAAAGAAAUUGCCAAGCUGAGGGCUCAUUCUCACUGGGACGUGCGACGGCAUUUUGCCGAGAUGUCAUUUCGGAUUCUACACAAUUGUCAGGGCGCGCUUGUACGGAAAACAGCAGGAUCAGCAACAUCAAGUGUACCAGGGUUUCUGCUGGAGACCUUGAUUGGUUGCACGCAGGACGACUUUAACGACGUCUCCUUACCAGCCAAGGCUCACCUGGGUGCCCUUGCGGAGGAAUAUGGCAGUCAAGAGCUGGCAGAUGUGGGGAAGCAGAUUGUUCGCGAGCGUUUGGCGGCCUUGUCCAGGAUCUUGCAUGGAGCAAAUGAGACCACCAAGCAGGACAUGAUCCGCCUUGCACAGGGCCUGGUGUUGUUUUUGGGGCACCAGAUGGAGUUCAUUGUCAACCAACAAACACUAGUCAGCUACCUCCAGCCAUGGAUUCAAGUCUUGACGAUCGAGCAACUGGACCAACAUAACAUGGAUGAACGGAGAGGCAUUCUUGGAGUGAUGGCCUCAGGGUCAAGCGCUUCUCCACCUGGCAGCGAGGAGGAGCGUUGGCACACAUGGGUCAUGGAGCGUAAAGGCAGCGGACGAAAGUUUGGGUUUCCUCGCAGGAUUCAUCUCCACCUACGGGAACAAUUGACGUCCAAUGCCUUCUUGGGGUUCCUGCGACAGCUUGGCUCUACCACCGAGAUCGAUACUUGGUCAAUGGAGCUUACGUCUCGGUUACAGGAUGCAGCCAGGGCAGUGCGAGAAAAUCAAGGAUGGUUCGGAGCCUCGGACGUGUCAACUGUUCUCAUGAUGAACCAACUCCUUGUCGGUGCUUCUGGGAUCGGAGUGGCGACAUUGGGCGAUUUCACCUUGCAAGACACUUUGACGCGGAAGCGCAAGGACAAGGGAUCGUCCAAGACAUCACGUCAGAGGAAAAGGCAGCAUCAUGUCAGGCGAGCGGCCAGAGGAGUCUUGGACGAAUAUCUGGUUGUUCUGGUGGAGUGCUCCCAACUUUCUGACGAGGCAAGAAUCAGGCGGGAGAUGGAGGAACGAUCACGGUCUGCCGAAUCUGCAGAAUUGAACUCGCGUUCAAAGAAGGCGAUCCUGGCAAGGAUGUUUGGCAUGGAUAAUGAUGAGGGAGAGGAGUUGACGGUCGAGGCUACCGGCCCCGUUGAGUACGAUCACAAUACGGACGUGAUGUUGCGUUGUCUGCUUCUCGAGGGCAUUGCGUCCAUUGCUGUCAUUCUUGGUGGAACGGAAUUCGAGGUGGAGCUUGUUCGGGUCCUUUACAUUCUGCUGGAGCACCUUGGCGGUCAGGAUUCGGCCCUUAUUCGGGAUGCGGCUGAGGUGGCGCUGGAGCAUGUCGCCUUUAUUUGCCAGUACGAGACUGUUGGCGACUUGAUCCAGGCAAACUACGACUAUGUUAUCCAGCAGAUCUCACAACGCAUCGCUUUCCUGAGCACCAACCCCAAGACGCCGCAGGUCCUUUGGGCCUUAAUUCAUGUCGUCGGCCCGCCUGCAGUCACGAUGCUGGAGGACUCGGUCACGGAAAUCUUUGAGGCUUUGGAUCACUGGAAGGAUCAGGAGGAUGAGGUCUGUGAGGGUUUGCUGAAGUCGUUGUGUGAGAUCGUCAAAGUCAUGGCUGGAUCUACCACCGCGGAUGCCAAGGGAACUAAGGGAGAUAUGAGCGGGAUGGAUCCAGACUUGGCAAGACACGCUACGACCGUGUCGUCUAAGGUCGAUGUCUCCAAGGAGGUUGAGAGCUUUGCCAAGGAGUACCAACUUUUGACAAAGGGUGUUGACUCUGCUGCUGAUGGCGACGAUGAGGCACUACGGGAAAAGCUGGAUUCGAUGACGCCAGAGCAGAUCAAGGACUAUUUCAUGGAGCGCGCCAAUGAAGCAAAGAAGGAUGAGGAGCGGCGCUUUGGAGAACGAGAGGACGCGGACAAAACCAAUGAUACCGAAGGCGCCGAGGAUGACGAGAACAUUUCGUUUGGCGAUUUGCGGGCGAGCAUGCCAAAGCAGACAAAGGAGUCGAAACCAGAGCCCAUGACGAAGCACCAGGCGCUCUGUCUUAGGAUCCUUACCAAGGCAGGGUACUUUUUGACGGCAACCUCCCCCAGACUGCGGAUUUCGGCAUUGGAAAUCAUUCAGGGAUCGAUUGUUGUCCUCAAGGAUCGACCUCAGGACUUGAAUCCAGUCAUUCACGGGUUCUGGCCAGCGAUUGUCGGACGCGUGUUGAUGCGGUCAGAGUUAGAGGUCUUCUUUGUCCGACUGAGGGCCAUCGAGGUCAUCACUACACUGGCGGAAAACUGCAGCGACUUUUUGGGCAGGCAUUUGCUGGAUGAUGUUUGGCCGUUCAUUGUCAAGGCGUUGCGUACCUGGACACCCUCCGCCGAUGGUGGAGCCAAGGGAGCCACCGCUACUCGAAAGUCUCUGGUAGGCGAGAGAGCGGCCAUUGGAUCUAGACAAGGACACCGUGCUCCCAGACAAGGAAAGAUGCAGGCGCAGGGCAAGGUGUUUACAAGGGAACAUCGGUUACAGAUGACGACGUUGAUCAGCGUGUCCAAGAUUGUGCGGUACAUCCGGAUACCGGUUCAGGAGAUAUGGACGAUGCUUUUGCUAGCGAAAGAGGUGGUUCUUGAUCGUGACGGGUGGUUGCAUAGGGAUGUCAGGGCGGCAGCAGCAGAGGUGAUUAGGAGUAUGGCUGUAGCAGGUCACGGCGACUCUGUGUAUGUUGUCCUGGAGGAGGCGGUGCGAGGACGAGAUACUGAAGGGCAGGAAGAAGGUGUGGCUGAGGAGGAGAGGUAUGGGUUGCUGUCAUGUCUCGAUAUCCUGGCGUUCAUGGAUACCCACUCGCUCUAG